AUGGCACCCUCAAUCCUCCUCUUGAAGACCAGAUCUUCCCCAAACGACGGUUAUGACGAUUACUUCUCCGCAAACAAUUAUACUCCAACCUUCGUGCCCGUCCUCGAACACCGAUUCCACACCUCCAACCUCGCCGAAGUCCGCGAACUCUUCGCGUCCGGCGCAUUCAACCCAGAGGCAGAGAAUACCAAAUCCACACAAAUAAAUACCUAUGAACACACAGUGGUCCCAUCAAAGCAUUAUGGAGGCAUGAUAUUCACCAGCCAGCGCGCGGUGGAGGGAUUCGCGCAUAUGAUUGAAGAACACGGACUCCCAUCCAUCCCCUCAAUCCCCCUCUAUACCGUCGGUCCCGCAACAGCCCGAACCCUCACCACUCUCCGCGACAAGUAUCUCCCCACCAGCACGAUUCACGGCGCAGAUACCGGCACGGGCGAGAAUUUGGCAUAUAUGAUGCUGGACCACUAUAAUGAUCUCCAGAAAACGGGCACUUCUGCGACUUCCUCCACUUCGUCGCAUCCUCCGCCAAAACCGGGGUUACUCUUCCUAGUUGGUGAACAGCGUAGGGAUAUUAUUCCAAAGACACUCAUGAAUCCUAUGCUCCCGGAGUCAAAGCGCAUUGAUGUCCAAGAAAUCGUCGUCUAUGAGACUGGUGAAAUGGAUUCAUUCGAGACGGAUUUCAAGACACAUGUGCAAGGGUAUAACGGGGAAGAAGGUAUGUGGGUUGUGGUAUUUUCGCCGUCGGGAUGCGAGGCAAUGUUGAGGGUACUACAACUUGGUCCGUUUGCUGCGACUGCGACUGCGAAUGCGACUGCGGCAGAAGAUGGGUCGAAGAGGAAGGUCUUUGUUGCGACUAUUGGGCCUACGACGCGAGACCAUUUAAGGAAUAAGUUUGGUUUUGAGCCGGAUGUUUGUGCGGAGAAGCCAAAUCCUGAGGGUGUCGCGGAGGGAAUUCGGAGGUUUAUGGCGGGAUUGAAUAAUUGA